AUGAGUGAGUGGUCGCCCUACCAGGACAACGGCGGCACCGCGCUCGCCGUCGCCGGCCGCGACUUUGUCGUGCUGUCUGCGGACACGCGCUGUUCGGCUGGCUACUCGAUCCUGUCGCGUCGUGUGUCGCGCGUAACGCAGCUAACUGAUCGCUGUUGCAUCGCUAGUUGCGGACAACUUUGCGAGAUUCAGCGACUGCACAAACGCCUCAAGUUAGAAGUGCGCUCCUACGCCUACAAACACGGCGUUUCGCCGUCGGUGCACGCGCUGCGACAGUUUCUCUCGGUUGAGCUUUACGAGCGACGCCUCUUUCCGUACUACACCUUCAACAUUUUAGCGGGACUCGACGACGAAGGCGCGGCGGUUGUCUACGGCUACGACGCAAUCGGAAACACCGAGCCGCUGAGCUACGCGGCGGUCGGCUGCGCCGCACCGCUAGUGCUUCCGGCGAUGGACGUCGCGCUGCGGGGCGACGCAGAGCUCGACGCCACUGCCGUCGCUAAGCUGCAACUCGACUUGCUAACUGUCGCGGCCGAGCGCGAGAUCAAAACGGGCGAUUUCGUUGAAACCUUUCUGCUCACGGCCGCAGGCGUGGAAACGCGCAUGGCCACGCUGAAGCAAGACUAG